CCAUGAAAUUUCUUCGGUCUCCAUCUUUUUUUCUGUUGUUCACAUUGAAUUUUCUCUCUUUCGUGUAAGCUCCUUAAUUCCUCCAUUAAAUGAAUUCUAUCUUCAUCUUCCAAGUUCUGGAGAUUGUAGUUCGUUCUCUCUUCUUCUCUUCGAUGUUUUCUCGUUGAAUUCAUCAUCCCCUUUUGAAGGCUUCUUCAAUUCCACCGGUUUUCGACGAUCUCUGGUUUGAUUCUGCGAGGUAGUGUGAGGUUUUGCUACAAUUUCAGUCGAAUUUCGUGGGGGGAUUUGCUUUGAAGAUUUGAACUCGGUAUUGAAUUGCUAGGUUUUUGUUUAACUGUUCUGUUUGAUUGAUUGAUUGAUUUUUGAAUUGGAAAUGGCUGUUUAUUGAAGAAGUUGGAAUUGGGAAGUGUUGAAACUAUCUCUGAUUUUGCUGAAAUUUUGAUAGAUUGUUCUGUUUAUGAACGAUAUGCUUUGCAGUCGAUUUGUGGAUUGUUUGGUUGCUGGUUUUGUGGUGGUAUUGUUGAGUAGUAGUAAUGGUUUUACCUCUGCUACUGAGACUGAUUUGUCUUGUUUGAGGAGCAUAAAGAAAUCGCUUCAGGAUCCUAAUAAUUACUUGAUGUCAUGGGAUUUUAGCAACCGUUCUGAGGGGGUUAUCUGCAAAUUUUCUGGGAUUAUGUGUUGGCAUCCUGAUGAGAAUAGGGUUUUAAGUAUUUCUCUGUCUGAUAUGGGGCUUACGGGCCAAUUCCCUCCUGGGAUUAAGAAUUGCACUAGUUUAACUGGCUUGGACCUCUCUAACAACCAGAUUUCGGGUCAGAUUCCUACCGAUAUCGGAACCAUUAUUAAGUUUGCUACCACUUUGGAUCUUUCAUCCAAUGAUUUAACUGGUCCCAUACCUGAAAGCAUUGCUAAUUGUAGUUAUCUGAAUGUUCUAAACCUGGAUCACAACCAGUUAACUGGGCAGAUCCCUCCGGAGCUUGGCUUGCUCGGUCGGUUGACGAAGUUUAGUGUUGCUAAUAAUCUUUUGACUGGUCCAGUUCCUCAGUUUGGUGGUAAUCUGACAAAUAAGGCUGAAAUGUAUGCAAAUAAUCCUGGACUCUGUGGAGGUCCUUCUAUGAAUCCUUGCCCGUCGCCUUCGAAUAGGCCUCAUACUUCAGUAAUUGCGGGAGCAGCUGUUGGUGGUGUUACGGUUGCUGCAGUUGGUGUAGGUAUUGGUAUGUUUUUCUAUUUCCGUAGCGCCUCGAUGAAGAAGAGGAGGAGGGAUGACGACCCGGAAGGAAAUAAGUGGGCAAGAAACAUAAAGGGAUCAAAAGGAAUCAAGGCAAGCUUUUAUUCCUGUUCUUCUUUUC